AUGUCUGUUCUAGAGGUCACGAAACUCAUUGGUGAGCAGGAUUUUCAGCUCCCCCUGACUCUGAAGAGGAAUAACAGCACAGGCUAUUUUCUUUUAAGACCUUUUUUGCCCUUGCUGCAGAGCUUUAAUCGAAAGAACGAUGGCAACGAGGAUUCAUCAGAUGCUAAAGGGGACGAGGAAUUGAAUAAUGAACAAGAGGACGAAAUUCUUUCGCAAUUUGGCAUAUUGGUCGACACCGAUGACCAGGGGAAAAAAUGGAUUACCUCGGAGAAAGCAGUUGAGCUCUUAAAAAAGCUGAAUUUGUUCCACCUUUUCGAGGCUGAACUCGGCUCAAACCUUGAGGUAAAUGAGGGGAGUAGCCGUUUCGAUUCUUUGGAUAAAAGCCAGCCUGAAGUGAAUUCUGAUGGAAAAAAGUCGCAAAAUUCAAUCAUUGGUGAAGAAGAUAUUAAGAUGGAUGCAAAUGAUCAUCGUAGUCUUCUUGGGAACUCUACAUCUUCCAGCAUUGUUAAUCAUCCAGUUGAGGUAAUAAAAAGACACAAUGAUGAAAUCAAUGGUAAAAAUGCAAACGAACUGGCCUCUCCACUCAAAAAAUCGAAAAUCGACAACUUCUCACCUAAAGAGAUGAACUCAAACGCCCCUCAUGAAUCACUCGACAGUAAUGUGUCGUCCAAGAAAAUACGUACAUUCAAUCACGAUUUGAAUUCAGAAAUGUUGAAACAGCCAUUGCGACUUCAAAAGACCCAAAAAGCUCCGCAGGUCUCGAAUAACAAUCAAAGAGUCAAGCUAGAAACAUUUCUACAAAGAUUACUUUUUCCAGCGAUUCAAGAUAUAUCAUCUUCAAAUAAUUCGUCACAACCUCUCUCCUUUGAACUCGCUCUGCAAGAAGUUGAAAAUUCAUACCCCGACAUACCCUUGAAUCUGAAUAUUCCUGUCGACGAGCGUGGAAAUACUCCUCUUCAUUGGUUAUCUUCCAUAGCAAAUCUUGAACUAGUCAAGUAUUUGGUCGAACAUGGUACAAACAGGUUACUUGGUGAUAAUUUAGGAGAAUCGGCACUGGUCAAAGCUGUUAAAUCCGUUAACAAUUACGACUCUGGCACAUUUGAAAAGCUACUGGAUCACCUCUAUCCUUGCUUAAUAUUAGAGGACUCUAUGAAUAGAUCAAUUUUACAUCACAUUGUGAUAACUUCAGGUAUGCCUGGUUGCUCAUCGGCCGCAAAAUAUUAUUUGGAUAUCUUAAUGGGAUGGAUUGUCAAGAAGCAAUCAAGGGUAAUCGAAGGGGCCGGUUCUGACAUAAUUCUCGAAACUCUUGAUUUAAAGUGGGUUAUUUCCAAUAUGCUUAAUGCGCCAGACUCGAACGGUGAUACAUGUCUUAAUAUUGCGUCUCGUCUUGGGAAUGUCUCCAUUGUGGAUGCUUUGCUAGACUAUGGUGCAGAUCCGUACGUCGCAAAUAAGUCUGGUCUUCGUCCUGCUGACUUUGGUGCAGGCACGUCAAAACUCUAUACCAAUGGGACAUCUAAUGCUGAAAAACAAAGCGACAAGCUGUCACCCCACGAAACUUCGACUGAUGUAAAUGUACCAGAUACAAUAUCUUUGGUGGAAGGUAUGCAAUCGCUACUGGCCACAGUAUCAAAAGAUUACGCGACUGAAGUUAAAGAACAUCAAGAUAAACUGAAUAAACUGCACAAAGAGUUGAAUUCGCAUCGCGAAGUAUUGGCUGCCUCUCGAGACAGGCUUGCGCAUGCCAAACAGUUGCAGGAUGAGCAUGCCAUUUUAAAAGAGCAAUUGGGAAAUAUAAGGCAGGGUGUCGUAGAGGAAGAACAGAAAUUCAAAGAGGAAAGCAGACUGCUUGGAUUAUCAUCUGAGGAUACAGCAGGUGCUGACUGGGACUCUAGUGAGUUUGACGCGGAUGAGCCAUUUAGAGUUGAUUUUGUAUACGAGAUAUUGGAGAACAAACUAGCCAACGACUAUAAUGGCUCGGUAGAUAAAUUACUGGAGUCUGAAACUAUAGACAGUAUGUUCAAUGAAGUACGAUCUGCCUACUACUUUCACCAUCAAGAUAAUGAAAAGCUUGAUAGCAUGCUGCCGCCUUCGGUACUGUUGAGCGCACGCAUUAACGCAUACAAAAGGAAUGAUGCUCAAUUAAACUCCACUCUGGAGGAAAUAAGGCGAAAGCAAAAAGUGUUGGAGAGUAAGUUUAGAAGAGUCCUUUGCUUAUGCCUAAAAAUUGAUGAGGAUAAAGUUGAUGGUAUGUUGGAUGGCUUACUACAAGCUAUCUCAUCAGAAGAUCCUCAGGAUGUUGACACCGAUGAAAUGCAGGAAUUUCUCAACAAACACAACACAUGA